UUUGAAAUUUUAAAUUUUUAACUACGAUUGUUUCAAAAUCGAAGUAUGUUUGUCACCAUGAUAUGAUUCAUAACGCAUAAUAUAGUAUAUUUCCAAUCUUUAUAUUCUUUGAUAUCUACAAUCAAUUUUUAUAAAACAUGGCAAAGAAUUCUUUAUCAGAACAAUUUUCCUUAAGAUGGAACAAUUUUUCUAACAAUUUAACAUCUGGUUUUUUAAAUCAUCUUACUGAAAAUGAUCUAGUUGAUGUUACACUUGCAGUAGAGGGUCAGUUGUUACAAGCACACAAACUGGUUCUUUCAGUAUGUAGUCCAUAUUUUAAAAAUAUAUUUAAGGAAAAUCCUUGUCAACAUCCAGUCAUUAUCCUCAAAGAUAUGAAAUAUGCUGAAAUUGAAUCAUUGUUAAAAUUCAUGUAUCAAGGUGAAAUUAAUAUUAAUCAAGAAGAUUUAUCUACAUUUUUAAAAGUGGCACAAACAUUACAAAUAAGAGGACUGACAACAGAAGAUACAAGUAGCACAUUUGUUAAUUAUGAUCAAUUAGAUGCUGAUUCUUUUACUGAAAAUACUGUUCAAUCAAAUUUAACUUCAAUAAAUGAAAUUUCCAAAGAUGUAAAUAUAAUAGAUAGAAGAAAAAGAUCCCGUGAUAUAACAAAAAAAGGUUGCAAAAAGAAAAAACAAGAUACAUUAUUAACAUCAGAGAACAUUCAUGAUGCAUCUAAUAAAAAAGUAAAUAAUGAUAAUCAAGAAGUUUUAUUUUUAAUGAAUAACGAAAACAAUGAUACAAAUGAUAUUAUAGAUGAGGAAGAAAAUAUUUCUACUAUAAAAAGCAAUAAUAAUGAUAAAAACGAAGACACUACUCUAGUAUAUUAUCCUUUUCCUUUGGAUAUUGAAAAUUCACAAGAAAAUUCAACUGAACAAGAUGUGGAACCAGUAAUUUAUAGACUUUCUGCACGAGGUCGGCCACAAUUAGUACAUGAAGGUUAUGUUUAUAACUUGACAUCUCGUUCUGAGGGUUUGAAUAGAUCUCAUUAUAGAUGUGCUGAACAACAUCGCGGAUGUAAAGGUAAAUGUGCAGUUAUUGCUGAAAGAUUUAUGCCUACAGGUGUACAUGAUCAUAAUCAUCCACCUGGAUAUCAAUCAGAACAUGAUUAUAGAAAAAAAAAGGUUUAGAUGUAGAUACUUCUUAAAUCAUAAAUAUUUCAAACUUAAAUAUAGAAA